AGAAAAUGGAGUUGGAGGACGGAGUAGUGUACCAGGACGACCCGGGGACAUCGGCUAUGAUGUCGGAGCGGGUAUCGGGCCUGGCCAACUCCAUUUACCGCGAGUUCGAGAAACUGAUAGGAAAAUACGAUGAAGAUGUGGUGAAAGAACUGAUGCCGCUCGUCGUGGCUGUGCUGGAGAACCUGGAUUCGGUGUUCGCGGAAAACCAGGAGCAUGAAGUGGAGCUAGAACUGUUAAAGGAGGACAACGAACAGCUCAUCACGCAGUAUGAACGGGAGAAAGCGCUGAGGAAACACGCAGAGAGAAGUUCAUGGAGUUUGAGGACAGUCAGGAGCAGGAGAAGAAGGACCUUCAGAACCAUGUGGGCAGAAUGGAGUCCCACUCCCGCCAGCUUGAGCUCAAGAUCAAGAACUAUGCAGACCAAAUCGGCAGGAUGGAAGAGCGAGAGUCUGAGCUGAAGAAGGAGUUCAACUCACUCCAUCAAAGACACACAGAGAUGAUACAUAACUACAUGGAGCAUGUAGAGAGGAUCAAGCUCCACCAUAUGAGUGUAGUAGAGACUUCAGACUCUGGAACUGUGGGCAGAGUCAGGAAAGAGCGUCCCAUGUCUCUGGGUGUCUUCCCCAUGUCAGGAGGGGGGGCAGUUCUGACCCCUGACCUCCAGGCCAGGUCUGAGACGCCAGGUGCAGAGGCCUGGAGGUUCAACGACCUGGAACAUCCGCGCUCCAAUGCCAGCCUCAAGUUGGAUGCAGACGACCCCCCAGAGAAAAGGGAUGGUUACAGUACGCUGCAGAUCUCUUGGGGGAAUUCUCUCCCAGACGACUGCAAGGACGAGCUGUCGGACCUUGGCCCAAAGUCGGUCACUCUCAUGUCCACCACGGCCUCGGACGUCGCCAUGGAGGGGGAGGGGCCAAACAGUAAGAGCAUGGAGUUGCCGGCGGCACUGGGGAACAGGUCAAUAUCAGUGGGUUUGCCAGAGAACGAGGAUAGCUCAGAGGUGCAUGACAUCAUUGAGUCCACCCCUGAACUGGACAUGGACCUCAGUGGAUACAAAGCAUCCAGCACCCCGACCAAAGGAGGCAUUGGCAUUGAGAACAUGGCGUUUGACCGCAACACAGACUCUCUGUUUGCGGAGCUGUCGUCUGCAGGCAUAGGGGACGUCAUCGGAGACGUGGACGAGGGGGCCGACCUGCUGGUGGAGUACUCUGGUAUGGGUCGUGAGGUUGAGAACCUGAUCACGGAGAACACACAACUAAUGGAGACAAAGAACGCUCUGAAUGUGGUGAAGAAUGACCUGAUAGCGCGGGUGGAUGAGCUGUCGUGUGAGAAGGAAGUGUUGCAGGGGGAACUAGACGCUGUGACACAGACCAGGAAAAACCUGGAGGAGAAGAACAGAGAGCUGGAGGAGGAGCUCAAGAAAGUGCGUGUGGAGAUGGAGGAGGUGAAAGGGAAGCCAAACGAGGAAGAGGAUAGUGACGUUCCUACAGCCCAGAGGAAGAGGUUCACCAGGGUAGAGAUGGCUAGAGUCCUCAUGGAGAGGAACCAGUACAAGGAGAGACUGAUGGAAUUACAGGAGGCUGUUAGGUGGACAGAGAUGAUCAGAGCCUCCAGAGAAAACCCUUCCCUUACUGAGAAGAAGAAAUCCAGCAUCUGGCAAUUUUUCAGCCGCCUAUUUAGCCCCUCCUCCUCCAGCACGGCAGUGAUGAAGAAGGCGGAGUCCCAGGGGAGGGAGGUGAGGUACACGCCCCCUGCAGGAGGGGGAAUGAAGAAGAGGAGCAGCACCUUCUCCCAGUUCCCCACCGAGAAGUCCAAGGCCUUCGACUUCCUCAACGAGGAAAUGGACCCGUGCGCCUCUCCGUCCCGUAGGGAGCAAAAGAGGGCCCAGUACAGACAGGUCAAAGCCCACAUGCAGAAGGAGGAUGGACAGGUACAGGCCCACGGAUGGAGUCUACCCAGCAAAUCUAAGGUAGUGAACGGGGGCCCAACAGAGAACAAAGAGAAGAAUCUACCUGUGCCAGUCUAUCUGAGGCCCCUGGACCAGAAAGAUGCUUCUAUGAAGCUGUGGUGUGCUGCGGGUGUGAACAUGUCAGGAGGGAAGAUCAGAGAGGGAGGGUCCAUGUUGGAAGGACAGAGCAGGAAGGGCUCUGUGAGCAGCCUGGACCAUUUAGAGACAGAGAACAAGGAGCAGGAGAAAGGUGACCAGGAGAAGGAGAAGGAGCUGCGCCUGCAGGAUGAGAUGUCCUGCAGGGUGUGGAUCUGUACCAGUACCCACUCCUCUACUAAAGUCAUGGUGCUGGAGGCCAACCAGCCCUCUGACCUGUUGGACAGCUUCUACGCCUGCAACUCACACGUCCUCUGCAUCGCCAGCAUACCAGGUGUGUUGGAGACAGACUACCCUGCAGGGGAGGAGCUACCUGUACCCCAGGACCUGGAGUCCGGGCCAGUUGAUGGCGUGUCAUUGACAGGCAGCGUGGCCAGUCUGGGCUCCGCGGGCAGCGACGGCGCCUUGGCAACGGAAGGGACCACCGCCGUCCUCCAGAUGGCUGGGGCAGGGCUCAAUGACCUCCCGGCCCAGCACAGCUCAGUGGAUCUGUCCAGAGAGCCCAGUCCUGCAGAGGAUGGGGUCCCCACGGCGGAAGAGGCCACAGAGGCUACAGAGGAGGGGGAGGAGAGCCAGGGGCUGGUCGUCAGUCAGCCAGGCAUCUACACAGAACAUGUGUUCACAGACCCUCUGGGAGCCGGCCACCAUGAGUCCUCCACUGCAGACACACAGAGGGACCAGGAGGGGGUGGGUGAGGCGUCUCUUCCCGACGACAUGCUCCCUACUGGGGAAGACGUCCAGAGGAUGAGCAGCGCCCUGCCCACCAUGUGGCUGGGGGCCCAGAACGGAUGUUUGUAUGUGCACUCGUCUGUGGCUCGGUGGAGGAAGUGUCUCCACGCCAUCAAGCUAAAGGACUCCAUCCUCAACAUAGUGCAUGUGAGAGGAAGAGUCCUGGUUGCCUUGGCUGACGGCACAUUGGCUAUAUUCCACAGAGGCCUGGAGGGACAGUGGGAUCUGACUAACUACCACCUACUAGACCUGGGCCGGCCGCACCACUCCAUCCGCUGUAUGACAGUGGUGCAUGACAAGGUGUGGUGUGGCUACAGGAACAAGAUCUACGUCAUCCAACCCAAGGCCAUGAGGAUAGAGAAGUUGUUUGACGCCCACCCCCGGAAGGAGAGUCAGGUGCGUCAGCUGGCCUGGGUGGGAGAUGGGAUCUGGGUAUCCAUCCGCCUGGACUCCACCCUCAGACUGUUCCACGCCCACACCUACCAGCACCUCCAGGACGUCGACAUAGAGCCCUACGUCUCCAAGAUGCUUGGUACGGGUAAACUGGGCUUCUCCUUCGUCAGGAUCACAGCCCUCAUGAUAUCCUGUAGCCGUCUGUGGGUCGGAACGGGAAAUGGUGUCAUCAUCUCCAUCCCGCUGUCAGAAGCCAACAAGACAGCGGGUGCAGUGCCAAAUCGCCCUGGCGGUGCCGUGCGGGUGUUCAGUGAGGAGGGCACAGAGAGCACCUUGCCAGGCAGCUACGUGCCCUACUGUUCCAUGGCACAGGCACAGCUGUGUUUCCAUGGACACAGAGAUGCAGUCAAGUUCUUUGCAGCCGUCCCAGGUCAGGUGAUCCCGUCCCCGGACCCGGAGGGGAUUCUGGGUCGGAUGACCCCGCCUCUGAGUCGUCUGACAUGGCGACCUCUGAACCUGCCAAAACCUUCCUGGUCAUGAGUGGAGGAGAAGGCUACAUCGACUUCAGAAUGGGUGAUGAUGUAGGAGAGGUGGAUGGCAGCCUAUCGGAACCCACCAUGAAGCAGGCCACCCCCGCCAAACCAGAACGCAGCCACAUCAUCGUCUGGCAAGUCACUUCCUGCCAGGAGUGAGCCAAUCACAGACUGCCACAUCACUACUUGGUCGCCCAAC